AUGGCGUUGACAAACUUGAUUAUAACAGUAGCUGGUGUAAGUGCUGUGAUUCUUUUACUAAGGAGCGAUGUCAAGCAAUCUGCGUCUAUCUUUAGACGCAACGUCAAGCAUAUCCGCAACUGGCUCGAAGAAGAAUCCGCCGCUGCUUCCAAGAUUGAGGUAAAUAACUUAGUUUGGGAUAGUAAUUCAGCUGGUGCUUAUGGAUUUGAAGCAGAUUCUAAUGAACAAGUUGCAUAUACUGAGAAUGGGUUGUUGAUGCAUUUUAUUUCAGGGCCACAAAAGAGGCAACGCCAAAGGAACUGGAAUCAAAGGUCCCUCAAAAGGACAUUCCGAAGGAGGACAAGCACUAGUGUCUUAUAUCCAGGAUAUGCUGUUGUUAAAGAGAGUUCAUAA